AACUGAUUUCCAACGUGGCAAGACAUGUGGCCUUCGACCGCGGCAAAGUGCUAACUUCAAUCACCGCCGUCAAAUUCCUAGUCGAUCCAACGGACACUGCAAGUUUUUUCGGUUGGUUUUCCGACGCGGUUAGGCUUAGUCCUGUUUCAGAAUUCACCAGUUGGACAUGAUCAUCAACUGGACCCCACCAACACAGCCGCCUUCAUUUGACGCGCGCCAUGUGCGCGUGCGAUCAAGCACCCGGCCGAGCUCUCUUUCACGGUUUCAAUUUCACCCCCUUCUUGCUUUCGACACAACGGCCUCCGUCAAACGGGUCCCAAACUUUUCCUUUCGCAUAAAAGAAACAGAAAAAUAGAGGAAGAGAAUUUCGAUUACUUCUCAGUUCUCUCUCUCUCUACGACAUGUCCGUACGACUGAACCCAACUGUCCGACUCCUGAGAAGCAUAGUACCACGUGAUCCGUCACGUGACUCGUCCAAAGCCUCUUCUGAUCUAUUGGUUCUACGCGUCAGAGCGUCUUCCUCUUCGUCUUCGCGUUCUCUGCUUUGUUCCUGUAAAUUUGAUGGAACCGAGGCUCGGAUCGGUGUGCUAAAUGCUUUGGGACGAGAAGGGUCUGUGCACGGGCUUGAUGACUCGCCGGUGUCCGUGGAGCUCACCGCCAUUUCCAGCGAGAGCCAGUUUGACCGGGUCAUUGCUGAAGCACAACAGCUCGAAGAAUCGGUCAUCGUUGUUUGGAUGGCAGGCUGGUGCAGGAAAUGCAUAUAUUUGAAACCAAAGCUGGAAAAGUUGGCAGCCGAUUAUUAUCCGAGGUUGCGGUUCUAUUGUGUUGAUGUCAAUGCAGUUCCACACAAGCUUGUAGCUCGUGCUGGUGUUACUAAAAUGCCAACCAUACAGCUGUGGAAGGAUGGAAAGAAACAAGCUGAGGUGAUCGGCGGGCACAAAGCAUACUUAGUACUUAAUGAAGUUCGUGAUAUGAUAGAAAAUGGGAGUACCUUGUGAGUUAUGAAACUCUUCAAGUAGAUAGCUGCAGCUUAUUUCUCUUGAGAAUGGUAGAGUUUAUAUGAAAACCAUAAAAUGUUGGGAACAGACAUGCUACUCAGAGAAGACCGCUAUUUGGAUGCCAAAAAAUGAAAAGAAAAGGAAGAAAACGAGCAAAGGAGAAGCAAAUUGAUAUUCAAAUAGAGAUCACAUGCAAGAUGAAUGUAGAUCUUCCAUAUUGGUAAUGCGGUUCUCACUAGUGGUUUUUUUUUUUUUUAUUAUUAUUUUUUUUCAUCUUUGUAAUUUUUGUGACCAUGGAAAGUUCAAAUUGGAGUAAAUAUUCCAAGGAUAAUCCUACAUUUAUCAAAUUUAUAAACCAAAAUUUUGGUCUCCAA